AUGAACAACACGGUCACAACCGAAAAUCAACAGUCAUGUAGCCGAGGAUUUCUAGACAGCCCAAUGAGAGCCAUCGCAAAUGAGCUGAUGCAGUGCACGUACGAACCCCGUGGGGAUCUAUGUGGGCUGCUGGACGAGGGCCAUGAUCCGGUGGGGGAGAAAAAGACACCCUCCCGUGCAAAGUGGCGAGAGAGCGAGAGCGCGUUGCAAACUUCCUUCCAUGGCGGUCCCAGUGCAUGGUCCAACAAUGUUUCCACCUGGAUCGCAACUUGCCACCACCCCAAUCUUGGUCUCAAAGUCGAUCAGCAACUGAGAGUCACUUGGUCCCCUGGGGAAGAAAGGAAAAUGACGGCUUAA